AUGACUCAACAACUGCCUGAAGGGUUGUUCAAAACUCUUUCCAGACUUGGACUGGAAAACUUUUAUCCCAACAAACUCACGCUUCGUUCUCUGUUGGAGAUCAACAAAGAAGACAUAAAUACAAAUCUUGCUUCAUCACUGAAGGAAAUCCCAUGGUACUUUCUCAGAAACCUCCUCCAGAUUAAUGCUGAAUGCAGAAGCUGUGUGCAACUACCAGCCAAUGAUGAGGAAAACGAUGACCUAUUUAACAUAGACCUUUGUACUGCAGAAGAAAUUGACAAUGGCAUUAAUGCUCUUGACCUCAUAGUAGCACUUUUCUUUUGUGCUGACAGCUUCCUGCAACAAGAAAUAGCUCUCAGAAUGUCAAUGUGUCAGUUUUCUCUCCCACUGCUCUUGCCUCACAGCAAUAACAGUCAGUGCAGCCUGAUGCUUUGGGCUCUACGAGGAAUUGUUAAAGAGUGGCGUCCUCAUUCUUUGUCCGAAUCCAAAGGUUUCAUCGAGGACACGAUUGUUGAAGCAAAUAUUCCUUUAUAUUCCUUUGUUCGUCUGAAGAACAGCAGUUUGUCAAAGUCCCAGAUGCUGAAUCUUGUUCUUAGCCGUGGGCAGCAGAGUCACAACAUCUUCAUGCAUAAAGACAUGGAGGACAGAGCUUUUAAAAAGGAAAUCGCUAACGGACUUGUAGAGGUUUUCUGGUACCUGCCGUGUGGGAGAGAAAAUCUUGACAUUUUUCCAGAGCCAGUUGCCUUUGCCAAUCUGAGAGGAGACAUUUGUGAGUCACCUGCACAGUUCAGUUUUCUUGUUCAUAUUUCAACAGCUACCUUUGUGUUUCUGGACAAAGUUGAAGACAAAGAGCAGGAAUCUUUGAAUUCUGUCAAAAAUAUGAGAGAAAAGAUAUUUUUGGUUGUUAAUCACAAAGAGCAAAGUGACAGGGAAGACAUGAUGUCUGUUAAGACAACAUUCGAAAAACUUGACCUUCCAAAAACCAACGUCAUCAGAAAAGACAAGACAAAUAACAUAACAUUCUUCUCAAAAAAACUUUGCGCAUCUAUAAAGACCUCACUGGAAGUUGCAACUAUAAAUAAAAUUACAACAAAUCUAAUGCAUGAAAAAGCUACAGAACUUGGUCUGUCGGUGGAUGAAACUAAAAGUGAAGAACAAAAGAAGGCAGCUGAAGAGAUCAUAGAAGCAAUUGGUGAACAAAGCAUUCUCAACUACAAGAAACUGCACCUUCCUUUGCAGGGAGAAAACUGGAAAAGAUUGUCUAAGUUAGAAAUAAAACUGUGCAGAUUAAAUGAUUAUAGUGAUUUAGGAAUUGAGGAUUACAAAUCUCAGCUGCAGGAGGAGAAAACCCGAAUCAAAGAAGAGCAAUCAAGACGCGAUAUUUCUAAAGAUAUGAGAGGUUUCAUUGACAACCUUUGUACAAGUGACAAAGAAAAAAGAGAUUUCUUCUUGAAAUGGAUGAAACUGAAACUUGAUACGCACUCUCGAAAAAACCUCUUUCACCUCAGAAAUCAGUUCAAAGAGCAAUGUAAGACAAAAGAUGCAGAACUGAUUAAGGGGUUGGAUAAGGCUCUGCUGGAAAGCUCUUUAGGAAUUGAGCAUUACAUGAGAGAAAUGGGCCUGAUCUACAAGUUUUCACAAAAACCCACAGACGACGUCUCUCGUCUUCCUCUUUUAGCUGCUGAAAUGGUGUUGGAUGGACAUCCUCUAGAACUGCUGGAUGGUGAUGCUUCAAACAUCCCAGAAAAGUGGGUGUCGGCUGUACUGAAUGAGGUUCAUAACAAAGUUGGAAAAAGGAGCAGAUUGUUGGUAUUGACAGUUUUGGGUGUUCAAAGUUCUGGAAAGUCAACACUCCUCAACACCAUGUUUGGUGUUCAGUUUCCAGUCAGCAGUGGUAGAUGUACGAGAGGAGCCUACAUGAUCUUCCUCAAAGUGAAUGAAGAUUAUAGGAGAGAGCUGAAUUAUGAUUUCAUAGUCCUCAUUGAUACAGAAGGUCUCAAGUCGGCUGAUUUGGCUCAACUUGAGGACAGUUACGAACACGAUAACCAGCUGGCAACCUUUGUCAUUGGUUUAAGCGACAUCGCCAUCAUCAAUACAGCGAUGGAAAAUGUAACUGAAAUGAAAGAUAUUUUGCAAAUUGCAGUUCAUGCAUUCUUGAGAAUGACACACAUUGGAAAAAAGCCUGCGUGUCACUUUGUUCACCAAAAUGUUGCUGGAGUUUCGGCUCAUUCCAAAUGCAUUGCUGAAAGAAAACGACUCUUGGACCAGCUGGAUGAAAUGACUCAGAUUGCAUCUGAAAUGGAAAAACAACCAACUGCUAAACUGUUCACUGAUGUCCUGAAUUACGACAUGGAGAAAAACAACUGGAACAUCCCAGGACUCUGGCAUGGCACUCCACCAAUGGCUCCAGUCAACACGGGCUACAGCGAAGCUGUUGCUGAUUUCAAGAAACAUCUUUUGGAAACAAUAAAAAACAACGGAAACAAUGAACCAACUCAAAUCCCAGAGUUUCUAGAAUGGAUGACAAGUCUGUGGAGGACAGUUAAAUAUGAAAACUUCAUCUUUAACUUCAGAAAUACGCUUGUGGCUCAUGCAUACGACAACCUGUGCAAAGCCUUCAAUCAAUGGGAUUGGGAAUUCAGAAAAGAGAUUCACUCCUGGCAGCACACAACCGAAGUAGAAAUAUUAAAUGCUGACAUGGAUUCCCAAGUUGAAGUUUGGAAUAAACUGGUGUCCGACAAAAAGGAAGAACUUUCUGGAGAAAUAAAAAACGAGGAAAUGAAAAUGAACGAGAAACUCAAAGAGUACUUCAAGAGGAAGGACCAACGUGUAAAUCUGAUAGAGAAAUACAAAGUUGACUUUCUGAACAGUAUCAAAAGCCUUACCAACGAAAUUCAGCAGUCAGGAAGAACUAAACUGGAUUGUGUCCUUGAGCUGAAGUUAAGUAAAAAGAAAGCUGAAGAAAUACAGAGGAAAUACCGAGUCCUGAUUGAAGAGGCUGUCAUGAGGCUCCUACAUGACUGCAAAAUGUCCAGCCUGUCCGAUGAUCAGCUGACAAAAGAGUUUGAGAAGAUGUGGUCUGCAUCUACGGCAAAUGUGUCUGGCUUAGAGGAACGAGACAUUGUUGGAUGCAUCCUUAAGCAGCUCAAGAAGAAUUUCUCUAACAGAAAUGUGAAUCAGGAAUUACUGAACACAGACCUAAAAAAAGUAGGACAGAGUUCUUUCAGAGUCAUAGAUGAGCAUGUAGACAAAUGUAAGGGUAAAUUUGUUGAUAUGGAACAACUGCAGAUCUUCACAGAUGCUGCUAUUAAGUCAUGUACGCAAUAUCUCAGUGAAAAAGCAGAAACAACUGAAGAUUAUCAUGACUCUCUUACAAAAGACCUUCUAGAAAAACUUGACAAGAACCUUGAACAGAACUACAAGAAAUAUGAAGCAAAUACAAAGUAUGAGAUUGACCUGAAGCUUCACAUUUGUGGCAUAGCUUCAAGGGAAUUCCUGAAAAUGCAUCAAAGGUUUCUUUCCAACCUCAAUCCCCACGGCCAGCUGGAGAAGUACAAGCCUGGAUACCUGUCGGAUUUUAUUGAUUUGUACAAAGAGAGAGAUGACUGUCAGCGCAAAGCCAAUGAUUACAUCCAGCUUUGUAUCAAACCAGCAGUGGAAGACUUCAUCAACAGAUCUCUGGGGGUAGACAUCGUGGAUGAGAUCUUAACGAGCCAUCAUUCUGCUGAGUACAGCUCUCGCUCGUUUUUCCAGUACAGCAUUCAAAAAGAGUUGCUGCUGAAGGAUGACUUCGACACUUUUGUAAAGUACAUCAAUAGCUAUGAAAAUUUUGUCAAGAACUGGAUAUUUCAGCACAUCCAGCAACAAAUGACAGAGGAGAAUACAUUGUACAAACUGAAGAACAACAAACUUCAGGUCAUAGUUAAAAAAAUCACCACAGCAAUAGACGUGGCAUCAAAAGAACCAGAUGGUGUUUCCCUACCAAAUAACAAUAAAAGCAUAGCAAAACUUGUCAGUGGAAUACGUGAAAAUUUGAUUAAAGACAUCUCAAUUUCAGUUGAAGAUGAGAAAAGCAUCCUCUUUCAAAUCCAAAGCACAUGCCAUCCAUUCAUCAACAGUGUCAACAUGGCAUUGGAGAACCUGGCAACCCAGCUUCGGGAUCAAUUCUUAAAAUCUGAAGACAUAAUGGAGACUGUGAGGAAACUCACAGUUAAACCACAGGAGGAACUAUUUAGGCGAGUUUUUGGAUGUGGAAUCCAGUGUCCAUUCUGUAAAACUCCCUGCGAGUCUGGAGGGAAAGACCACACGCUGCAUAGUGCAGCUAUACAUCGACCACAAGGUCUUGGUAAAUACAAAUUUAACAAGACCAAAAGGCUUGUUGAAAGACUGUGCACAACUGAAGUUCAAAGUAACACUAAAUUCAAAAAUACAGACACUAAAGGGGAGUUUCAUCCUUACAAAGACUACAAAACAUAUUAUCCAGACUGGCAGAUUCCACCUGACGCCACUAUUGAGGCAUCAGACUACUGGAAGUACAUCCUGAUGAAAUAUAACAAUGAAUUUGCAGAAGAAUAUGAGGCAGAACCAGCAAAUAUCCCAGAACCCUGGAAGAAAAUCUCACAGGAAGAUGCUCUAAAAGGAUUAAAAGAUGCUUUCAAUGUAAAGUGAUAGAAGUUUCUUUAGUUUUUAAAAAGUUAAACUUUAGGUGUGUCAGAAAUUCAUAUGCAGCUGGAGGCUGAAAGGGAAACUACACAAAGAACGAGACCAAAAUCAGCCAUCAGAAAAAGUCAAAGAAAAAAUACAAAUACUUAUUUUUAAGAUCAUAUUGAAACUUUUUAAAGUCAUAUUUUGUAUUUUGUUCGAGAGGAGUUAAAAUUGUGUAUAUAGCAAGAAAAAAAACUACAAGAUCAUAGAGAAAUGAUUUUGUUCAGUGUGUUUUUUACAUUAAUUCUAUAUAUAUUUAACAUUUGCUAGAAAGAACUGCAAAUGUAUUCCAAAACAAAAUACUUUAGAUGGUUUUUAUAGAGCUGGUGUUCAUAUCAGAGAAAACUUAAGAAACUGGAAGCACAGAAACAGAACAACCUUAACUUGAAAAUAUGUUUUCCAAACGAGUGCCUUUCGUUUGGGAAACAUAUUUGACACACAAAUUGCAGGUUCAUUUCUUAAUUUUCAAUUGUUUAUUUUGUGCAAAUAUGUUACAGAUGAAUAUUUUUUUUUCUUUUUCAUUACAUUUUUUGCUAUUUUCCUGCUGUGAAAGAUUUGUACCCGUUGAUCGUUGGAAAUGGAAUGUCAAAAUGUAAAACCAGUCUAACCUUCAACCUUUAAAAUGAGCUCUUGAUCAUUUUAUAAAAGAUCUAUAAUAGAAAGAUAGAAAGAUUCAAAAUUUGAACAUUGAGAUUCAUGAAUUGUAUAAAUACAUAAUAUGGCUUGUUUUUAUGUUUUUUUUAAAAAUAUAUAAUUUUUUUCUGUUUCUGUCAAUACAAGUUAUUGGUAGAAAUAUGUCUUUGAAAGUUAGAGGGGAAAAAAAUGCCUUGAAUUAUUUUAAUACUGUAAAAUGUCUUU